AAAACAUACAGAUUCUUACAUUUCCUCUGGCCAUCAGUUCUGUGCCGAACAAACGCCUGAAACAGAAUCGCGACGGAAUCUUCUCUGAAUCCAUCUGGGUUCUUAGCUGCUUGAUCACGCUGGUAAGAUUCUGAUCUUUGUAUAGCUAUUGUUUUGCAUUCUUAGUGAUUGAGCCCUUAUUAUGGUGUUUAUGCUAAUCUUGAUGAAAUGGUUUCCUGAAUUUAACAAUUUGGUGAAGUGGGCGAAUUGGGUUUUUGGAGGAACUCGGAAAAGAUUGAUUCUUUGGGCGGGAUCAUGGGCGUGGUGACUGUUUCUAGCUCAGCUUCCAGGAACCCAUUAGGGUUAACCACCAGGGUUUCGAGCAGCGGGUCGAAUUCAUGGCGGCCAUUGAUCGUGGCGUUCAAGUCGGACAAAUCGGAUAGCACGUCUCUAGUCUCACCUAGCAACAGUACUCAUCUGCAACUGUCGGUGAAAUCUUCCAGUAAGGUUAAGAAGGGGCGACCGAAGAAAAGCGAUAGAGUCUCAUCUGUGCCUAAAUUGGAUGUGGACUACAAUGAGGCCGCGGCGAAGUUGGAGAGCAUAUACAAGCUGAGUCCACCAUCAGAUGGUGAAGAUGACGAUGUAGUUGUGACUAGAGAUAGGCAGAGGAAGAGGAAGAGUCGGGAUGGGGCGGUGAAACCUGGUAGAGUGGUUGUUAGGAAUCUGGCGAAGAAGGCGAAAAGGUUGAGUCUUGACAAGAGGGUAGCACUUAAGAAGAAUCAUGUGAAGGUAGAAGAGUGUAGAGAAGAAGAGGGGAGAGUGGUUGUUGGUUCAUCAGCUAGUAAGAAGAGAGUUCGGAGGGAUGAGGGUGAGAAGAUUGAUGAACUCGUGAGGCAGUACACGGGUUCGACUGAUUUGGCUAGCUUGGACUGGAAGAAGAUGAAGUUUCCCCCGGUUCUUCCUUCCUCCGAGCACAACUGGUUGUUCAAGUUAAUGCAACCUAUGAAGGCUCUUAUUCAGCUUAAAGAUGAUCUGCACAAGACUUUGGGGAGGGAGCCGGUCGACGGAGAGUUGGCACAGGCGACAAGCUCGACUGUGGUUGAUGUUAGAAGACAGUUGGAGGUUGGCAGAGCUGCUAGAAACAAGCUCAUCAAGCAUAAUCUCCGUUUGGUGUUGUUCGUGAUCAACAAAUACUUCUCGGAUUUUGUGAAUAGCCCAAGAUUUCAAGACCUGUGUCAGGCUGGAGUGAAGGGACUAAUCACUGCAAUCGAUCGGUUUGAACCCAAGAGGAAGUUCCGGCUAUCUACCUACAGUCUGUUUUGGAUUAGGCAUGCCAUAAUUAGGUCCAUGACCCUCUCCAGCUUUACCCGCGUCUCAUUUGGCCUUGAAUCGAUAAGAGUGGAGAUUCAGAAGACUAGGCUCCACUUGCUGGUGGAGCUGCAACGAGAGCCAACCGAGGAAGAGAUCGUUGAAAGGGUUGGGAUCUCCCCCGAGCGAUAUCAUGAAGUGAUGAAAGCAGCGAAACCAAUCUUGUCUCUUCACUCGAGGAAUGCCACGACUCAGGAAGAGUUGAUCAGUGGAAUCACGGAUGUGGAUGGUGGUGAGAACAGAAGGCAGCCAGCUCUUCUUAGGCUUGCUCUUGACGACGUGCUGGACUCACUGAAGCCAAAAGAGAGCUUGGUGAUCAGGCAAAGAUACGGGCUCGAUGGCAAAGGUGAUAGAACACUAGGCGAGAUCGCUGCUAACUUGAACAUCUCGAGAGAAAUGGUUCGUAAGCAUGAAGUCAAGGCGCUCAUGAAACUCAAGCACCCUGCUAGAGUGGAUUACCUUCGUCGAUAUGUUGUCUGAACAUUCAUCUUCUUUCAAUGGUUCGCCUUUAACUACUCAAACCAUUCCUCCAUAUCCUUUCCCCGUCCUUGUAUAUUGAUGGUCUGAACCAUAGCCUACGUUUACUAUACAGCAUACUAGUAUAGAUGAAAGUUACAGAUACUCCACACGAAUCCUCCUAUAUCAAGCUUUGUUUUUCGAUCAUGUAAACAUAUCUUACAGGAUCCUCAUGUGUCAAUGGAUCAGAGUGUAUACAAGUUUUGUUAUGUUCUGCAAUGUCUGCGCGAUUAAUUAAUAAAACGAUUGUAUUUGUGUUGACAGCAUUACAGUGGCCGCAU